CAACCAAUCCAGAUAAUGGCUCUGGUGUGGUACAGCCUUGUGAUCCUGCUCGGCGUCCCUGGAAAUGCUCUGGUGGUGUGGGUGACAGGGUUCUGCAUGCCCCGCUCUGUCACGUCCCUCUGGUUCCUCAAUCUCGCGCUGGCUGAUCUUCUGUGCUGCCUCUCCAUCCCCUUACUCAUGGUCCCUUUAGUCCACGAUGACCACUGGCACUUUGGCCCGCUGGCCUGCACAUUGGUCAAAGGCCUGUUUUACUUGGUGAUGUACUGCAGUGUCCUGCAACUGGUUUUGAUCAGUGUGGAUCGCUGGCUCAUGGUUAGCAAACCCGUUUGGUGCCAGAACAACAGGCAACCUAAGCAAGCUGCCUUCGGGUGUGUUGCUGUCUGGUGCUUGGCCCUGUUAGGUAGCAUCCCCCAGUUUGUCUACACCAAGGAGAUUGAAGCAGGUGAACACAAGCGAGAGUGUACAUGGGUGUACACCAAGGUCAGUGGCUGGAUGGUUACCUCCUUCCGCUUCCUGCUGGGAUUCUUCCUCCCUUUCCUGGUCAUUGUGAUCUGCCACUUGGUGGUGUACAGGAGAACACAGAGAGGACUGUCACGUGGUCGGACACGUUCCAAGCGAACAGUGAGAGUCAUCUUUGCUGUGGUGCUGACCUUCUUCCUGUGCUGGCUGCCUCUGCACAUUGUGGACUUUGUGACGUUGGUCAUCCCUCGACGUUCCAUUCACAGCCCAAACAUUUACCUGGCACACGUUUUAACACUCUGCAUAGCAUAUUUCAACAGUUGCCUCAAUCCACUGCUCUAUGUGUGUCUGGGCCAAAGCUUCAAAGACAGCAUGAACCGGUCCCUGCGCAACAUGCUCAACUUCAUCAACGAGGACCCUACAACCAGGAUGAGCAUCGCUACGACUGACACCAAGAGCACGAGCACUGGAAAGGAAAUGACUAAAAUCUGAAGGUGUGAUUUUGAUGUAUACAAUAUUCUCACAUAAGGCGGAGGUUU